UAUAGACACAAACAUGCUUCUCCUCAUGUCUUGUUUUGUAUAUAAACAACCUUAAAAAACCUUAUAUCAAUCCUCAUUAAUCUAGCUUGCAACCCUAAUCAUGCAUCAUCUUCUACUUGUUUUCGUUCUUCUUCUUCUUACAGUGUUUAUAGUAAGAGUUGCAUAUUCUAUCAUUUGGGUUCCAUGGAUCAUUGCACGUCACUUUCGUCUGCAAGGCAUCACGGGACCUCCCUACCGUCUGAUCAAAGGGAACACAGAUGAGAUCCACCGCAUGUACAGGGAGGUUCAAUCCAAGCCGAUGGCUUUGUGCCACGACAUCUUGGAGCGCGUGUGUCCAUUCUAUCACAGGUGGUCACGCAUGUAUGGGAAAACUGUUUUGUACUGGCACGGGUCGAAGCCCAGACUGGUACUAUCCGACCCGGAUAUGCUCAAAGAGAUUCUUUUGAAAACGGGUGAAUGGUUUGAGAGGAUAGAUCCGAACCCGUCCGUGAAACAGUUCUUUGGAGAAGGGAUUUUGGUGUUGAAAGGAGAGAAAUGGGCUGUGCAUAGAGCAAUCGCUAACCAGGCUUUUAAAAUAGAACGUGUUAAGCUAUGGGUUCCUGAAAUCACUUAUUGCACAAAAACAAUGUUUUACAAGUGGGAAGAUAAGAACAGAGGCAGUGAUGAAUUUGAGAUUGAAGUGUGUAAAGAUCUGCAUGAUCUUACAUCUGAUAUUAUAUCCAAAGUUGCUUUUGGAAGUAACUAUGAAGAAGGGAAGGGGAUUUUUGAGUUACUAGAAGAACAUUAUCAUUUGAUCUCUUUAGCCAUCAGAAGUGUUUAUAUUCAUGGAUUCAGAUUUCUACCAACCAAGAAGAACAGAGAAAGAAAGAGGUUAGAGAAGAAAACAUAUGAAGCAAUUAAGGUACUGAUUGAGGAGAAUCAAAAAGCAGAACAUGAUUCAGAAAACUUGCUUUCUCUGUUGAUGUCUUCUCACAAAUUCAUCAACAAUGAGACACAUAAGUUAAGGUUGGAUGAAAUAGUGGAUGAUUGCAAGAAUUUUUACAUGGCUGGAAAGGAAACAAGUGCCACUUCAUUAAGUUGGGCACUCUUCCUUUUAGGGUUAAAUCAAGAAUGGCAAAGCAAGGCACGUGAAGAGGUGUUGAAUGUUCUUGGACCCAAUUAUCUCCCAACUUCAGAAACAUUAAGUGAACUCAAACUUGUUAACUUGAUACUUCAAGAAACACUAAGACUGUACCCUAAUCCAGGGGCAUUGGUGAGGGAAGCAAGCAGAAGAGUUAAGUUGGGGAAGAUUGAUAUUCCAGCUGGUACACAACUCUAUUUGUCUAUCACUUCAGCUCAUCAUGAUACUGAGUUUUGGGGAGAAGAUGCUCUUGAAUUCAAUCCUAUGAGAUUUGCAGAGCCUAGGAAGCAUUUAGCUCCAUAUCUUCCCUUUGGAUUAGGUCCUAACUAUUGUGUGGGACAAAAUUUAGCUGUGUUUGAAAUGAAAAUUGUACUUGCCAUGCUGUUGCAGAGGUAUUCUUUUGUUGUAUCCCCUUCGUAUGCUCAUGCUCCCAUGUUGUUGAUGACUAUGGCACCUCAAUAUGGCAUGCAAAUUAUCUUUAAGAAACUAUGAAAAUGCUUAUUCAUGUUAAAUGCCAUGUCACAAAUUAUUUACAAAUUUCUAAUUUCAUUA